UUAAAAUCCCAUGGGAAACAAUGCUCUCUCCAAUGAAGCCCCAUUCACUUUUCUUAACAUGGCGAUGAAUGUAGUAGGAAAUCCUCAGAAGGGAAUCAGAGCCGCUCUGACGAUGCUGAUGACUCUCUACGAAUAUUUGAACUCCCGCAUCCCGUGCCGGUUAUGAUGUUGGAAAAAUGGACAAGUUUUCGACCAGCAUUUCCGAGAUCAAAUGGAGCGCGGUGUCCUUGCCUUUGGAUGUAAUAGUCAGUAAAUUCAGAUUGCCAACUCUGGUACGGCUCAGCCAAGGGGAUCAUGUGGAGGGCUUGACAGAACAGGAUGUGAUUCUGAUUCACUCCUGCAGACAAUGGACCACCGUGACUGCACACAGCUUGGAAGAGGGGCAUUAUGUCAUCGGGCCUAAAAUUGACAUCCCUUUGCAAUAUCCAGGGAAGUUUAAACUGUUGGACCAAGACCGGGAUGUGAGAGAGCCUGUCCAGUACUUCAGUAGCGUGGAGGAAAUAGCCAGUGUAUUUCCAGAGAGAGUCUUCGUGAUGGAGGCCAUUACUUUUAGUGUAAAGGUGAUCUCUGGGGAGUUCAGCGAGGACAGUGAGGCGUACAACUUCACCCUCCACGCUGGUGACGAGUUGACAUUGAUGGGCCAGGCUGAGAUCCUGUGCGCCAAGACGGUGAAGGAGAAAUCACGAUUUAACACCAUUCUGCGCAAGCUGGGCAAGACCAACACACUGAGCAAGCAGGUGAAGGGCAAGAUGCCCUGUCUGAUCUGCAUGAACCACCGGACCAACGAGAGCCUCAGCCUGCCCUUCCAGUGCAAAGGCAAGUUCAGCACCCGCAGCCCCUUGGAGAUCCAGAUGCAGGAGGGAGAGCACACUAUCCGCAGCAUUAUCGAGAAGGUCCGUCUGCCAGUAAACGUGAUGGUACCUACUCGGCCGCCCAGGAACCUCUACGACCUUCACGUCAUACGGGAAGGUCACCGCUACAAGCUUGUCAGCAUUAUCUCCAAGACUGUCGUCCUGUGCUGUAUCCUUCGCAAAGAGGUGGCCCCGUUUCACUUUCUGCUGCUUACGGACAUGCCCCGUUUCCUGCUGCCCGAGGGUCUCCUCCGUGGGGACCCCAUUUUCGAGACGGUGGCCCACGAGAUCUCCCUGUACUGCCAGGAGCGAUUCAACCCCGAUGAGUACUCCAAGGCAGUGAGGGAGGUGAAAACGGACUUCACAGAGGAGUGCACCAGCCCCAGGCGGAUCCAGGUGUACCUGCAGGGCUUUACUUCUAACUCCAUGAACUAUACCCAUGAGGAGCUCACCCAGUCCUUUCAAAGGCUCUCGUUGUGCGUUUACAGUGGCACGCUGAUGCAUGCCAAUGGUGACCUCCAAUCUCAAAGCUGUAGGGACUCACUGGGGGAGCACCAGAUCAUGCCACAUGAGCUCUUGACACCCUCCGAGGUCAGUGAGGCCGAAAGGGAGUACGUGACUCCUGAAUGGGCAGAAAAUGAGUUUCGAACUGUGGAGCACCCUGAAAUCCCCUAUGAGGAAUUAUGGACCAAUCAAAACUCUGAGAAUUAUAUAAAAGCCAGUGGGAACCCAAAGGAGCAGGAAUGUGGGGACAAAGGAGACCAGAAUCUUAUUUCUUUCCAUUCUUCAACUUUAUCUUUAGAAGGACCCACGGGAUCAUCUCACAUUGCUGUAUUGCAAAUAGAGGAGAACAACAGAGUGCCAACUCCGCCCCCAGUACCCCCCAAAUCAGAAGCUGUGAAAGAGGAGUGUCGCUUUUUAAAUGCUCCCCCCGUUCCUCCGAGAGGCAGUAAAGCAGUCCCUGCUCCCAGCCCUCCAGUGCCCCCUCGCUUUCCGAAGACCCAGCUCCAACAAGCACAAAUCCAGCUGGCCCAUUCACCAAACCCCAGUCUUUCCUACUAUUCUUCCGGGCUCCACAACAUUUCUGGAACUCGCAGUGGUAGCUGUUCACCGUCUCCUGACUCUUAUUCCCUGUACUGUUACCCGUGUAACUGGAGUGACUGCAAAGCCGUUGAAUCGUCCACACGACAACUUCCUGGCAGCAACGGGGCCCCUGGCAUGCAGCCAGCGCAGACUUCUUGGUCGGACCCAUGGGCCUAUACAGACACUAUGCCCAGUGUGGCCAGUGGGCGCUCCACCCCCCUCCUCAGCACUGACACCUACAAAAGCUAUUACAGCUGCCCUAGGCUGAAGCCUCCUCACUCGCAGAAACGUUUUGCUCCUUUUGGGGCACUAAACCCUUUUGCUAACCCUGGAUACUCCAGCAGCCUUUCCUCAUCUCCAGCCGAAUGGUUGGAGCCUGGGGACUGUCAGAAAUCUCCAUCCCUAGCCUCUGAGCCCACUGAUCCUUUCGACCCAUCCAACAGCCGGAGUGCCUCUCCUGAUAUUGCUUCUUUCAAUUCGGGAGACAUCAGGUUCGAUCAGGAUCUCCGGAACCGUCAUGCUGAACAAAUUCACAGGUCUGCCGAUGGUGGGAUGUGCACUGUCCCACCACCUCGGCCACCCAAGGGCUUUGAGUCUGAAAACAUAAUCAUAAGAAGCACAGCUCCACUCUCCCCCUCCAUUGUGAGGGGCGCUGAAGGUGGCAUCACCAGGGUUUACCUCACCCAAGGGGUAAUUGAGGUCCCACCAGUGUCUACCAGAUACAACCCCGAGACUCCUGUGUUAGCCUCUCCUCCCCACACGCCAGAUAUGGCCCGAGCUAAUGGGGACGGGUCUGCAUGGCACCCCCCUUCAGACCUCUCAACACUCUCUGUGGAGGAGGUCUCCAAGUGCCUGAGGUUUAUAGGCCUCUCAGAAGAUGUGGUAACUUUUUUUGUCCGUGAGCGCAUUGAUGGGAGCAUUUUCGUGCAACUGAAUGAGGAGAUUCUCUUGGACGACUUCAAGCUGACAAAGCUGCAGGUCAAGAAAAUCAUGCAGUUUAUUAAAGGCUGGAGGCCCAAAAUAUAACGCUCGACUCUUGUGGGAGGCUUAUUUGUGACUUGUGUUUGGAACCAAGGUUGAUCUUCCUUGGAAAUAGAAGAAAGAUACUUCAAAAGAGAAAAAUAUGGGGGAGGGACAGAAGGUUGGAGGGAGGAAGGGAUAAAGGAAUGUGAGAACUGAAUUAGUACAAACAUGAAUUUAGAUAUUCAGAACCAAGAAAAUGUGUGUGUUGGAAUACUCCUGAAGAUUGAAUGUUUAUGACUUCUAAAUAUAUUUAUAGUUUUUUUGGUACAAUGAACAAACCAGUGUUUUGGGGAUCUUUCUCUGAUUAACGCUGGCGAAAAAGACUGGCUUACCUGUGGCACUUCAUCUAUCCAGCUCAAAUCCAGGCAGAAUUGACAUGAAGCCGAGUUUUGUAUAUUACAGCUCAAGUUCAUCUGUCUCAGUUAAGAUUCUGCAUAAACAAUAAUUAUCCCUAUGGGAAACUACUCAAUUCUGAACUGUUGAAGUUCUCAACACUUCACAAUAGAUCUGUCUACAGGCUGGAAGCAAGCACAAAGUGGUCUUGGUGGUAGUGGGAUAAUGCACUCCCCUUUCAGCUCAGCAGACCUGGCUUCAAAUCCAAUUUACAUCACAAAUUAAGAGAGUUGCUUGUCCUCAUCACAUAAUUCAACUCAAAUGGCACUAGGUAGUUUUUCAUACAUAAUUAUAUAACUGAAAGAAAAGCCAUAGAUUAGAUGGGCAUGGAGACUCAUCUGCUCCCUUAUCCUCUGUGAGAGUGGUUCUUCUGGGCUGGUUUGAGGCAUGCCUGCAAGGACAGUGUGGGGAAGCUCACAUUGUCACUGUCUGUGCUUUACUCCUUUGUGGAUAGAGAGGAAUUCACUCUCCAUUCCAGACGAUUUUGAUGAUCACCACAAAAUUCACAUUUUCAAGCAGUCAUCUUAAUUGUUUCUCUGGUUUUGAAGGUGAUGCAGGAACUUCCAGCUGCCUUUACUCUGCAUACGCAAAUUAAACUUAAUGUACUGGGUAUGUGCUUCUCUGUGUGUAUAACACCAAUACCAUUUUGAUCCCCAAUUUACUGCUUAAAUGUGCUAAGUAACUUGUACCGUGCCACAUCAAUGCAGCAACACAGAUCACCUUACUGUUAUAAAGAACACCCAACCAAUAUAAUAAAAUAAAGGGCAGAUUUCAAAAGGUGGGGAAGACAGAACCAAUGGAAUUGCCUGGUUGCUGAUUUUUCCAAUUCUGGGUUUCAAUUGUGUGUUCUACUUUUUCUCAAUUGUGCUCGAGCCAAAUGAAAAACGACCCUAUACAUUUCGGGUUUCCAUUGGCUCAAUUUAUUUUAUAAGACACUCUUUUCAUCUGACGUCAUGCAAAUGAAGGGGAAAGGAGGAGAUUGAUAUGCAAAUUAGCCACGCAUAGAAUUCUCAUGCUGUUUUCGCAGACAGCUUGUGAAAAUGUGGUUUCCAUGCAUAGAGAACAGGUACACGAGAGAAUCUCACCUAGAAAUCCAUGGUUGUCAGGUGAUAUCUUGUUUGAGUGAAACUCUAAAGCAGUGUUAGCUCAUGUAAUAAAGCUGUGAUUUGUAAAUGCCUUGUGCCUGGUUGUUUAAUAAUGUGUUCUACUGCUCUUGCCCAAAUUGUUUUUCAAAUGUCCAUUGGUGCUGUGGCCAAUCGUUAGUAAUGAAUAAACUAAUUUAUCACACUACUUAUUAAAGAAUACAAAAAUAAUUAACUCGGCAGUAUAUAAGGAAACUGUCCAACCCAGCUAUUGCAGAUCACCAGCAGAGACGUAGGAUUAUAGAGAUGCCAAACACCUUCCAUGUAUGCUCUCAAGGCUGUCUGGAUUGGGAGCACUGCACGGUUUCCAUGUGAAAAUGGGCGUGGAUUUCCCGUGUUUUACGUCAUGCUCACGAGUAAAUGAGAUUUACCCUAUCCCUCUGUGGCCGUUGUUUUUGGCCACACACCUGAUCCUCUCAAGCUGUUCUCUAAAAUGUGCAUCACCACUUCACGUGUAAAUAACCACACAUGGGAACCUCCAUUGAAGUACACACUUCUACGGCUUUUAAAAACACAUGUACACUAAUCUUACAGCAGAGUAUAUUAACCGUUGAGCUCAAUAAAUAAAUACAUAAAUAAAUAAAUAUACUGCAAAUGUGUGAAACUGUAGUAAACGUUUAGGGUCCAAUAGCAAUUACUUCUCAUUGAAACCCCUCCAGAUCUACGUUCUGCUUUCAAACGUAGUACUCCAGUUCAACCUUUGUUUGAGCAGUUUGGAAACCCAUUACCUCUAUGAAAAUCUAAAACAAAAUGCAUCAUUAGGCUGUAACUAUGCUGACUUUCUAUUAGGGUACAACUUUAAGGGAAAAUAAGUUGCCUUUUGUACAUUGUUCUGAACAAGCAUGUAAUUAUACACACUGUAUUAAAAGACCGUAAUUUGAGCUUAAAUUGUACUGUACUAAUCGCUGCUGUCUGAAGUUGUAUAGUAUGCUAUUUGUCAAAGACGGUGCUAAAUUAUACAGUUUAAUGUCUCUGGUUUGUAACUACCUUGUGUGCCCAGAGGUUUGUGUAUGUAUAUUUAUGGAACAGCAACCAAUUUUCCCCAAUGUAGAUUAUAUUGUUAUAAAAAAAAAAAAAAAAAAAAUUUAACACAGAUAGAGUUACUGAUUGUAAUGAAAUUCUUCUUUUCAUGUAAAAUGUAAUCCUUAUGGAUUAGUGAAAUAAAUAGGAGCACAAAAAACAAACUACAUUUUGAAAUGAUUAUGAUCCCUGUCAUUAUUUCUGAAAUGUUCUUUCCCUUUUCUUGGGUGUCUGUGAUAACCAUGAGCCUGCCCAAUUCCAGUCUUUAUUUCAAGGUCUGUCCUUGGAGUUUUAACAGCAUCAGGAUGUUGGUGCAACCAGUGAUGACCCUAAUAAUGUGGCUGGGCAGUGCAUUAGCAUUUACAUUGCCACAAUAAAUCAGAAGCAUGCACAUUAAUCCAGAACGGUAAUAAAAUGGAGAAAAGGGGCAAGCCUCUACCACUACAUUCAGUUUAAAUAAAGGGUUGGUCCAAUAAGCAAUUUUAUUUUAGACUCUGUUUCUCAAAGACAUAAUUCAGUGCACAUUUAUUUUUCUUCUUACAAUACAAACAUUUUAAAUAUUUAGGUUUUUAAACAUCACAUGCAACUGAACAUUCAAGAGUCUCUAGUAUAUCCUCCACAGUCCUCACAUAAUGUAUAUACUGUU